UUUACCUGCCUUUGAAACCUCAAAUUUUUCACUGUGUAUUUGGAGAGUGUUUACAAAUAUAGAGCUCGCGCUUCCUUAUCAAAAAGCCUGCUAAAAAUUUUCAUUUUUCAAUUGCCUAAUGUAAAUUUAUUAGAAUGCUUAACUGUCGCGCUUGUGGACAAUCGCUAGCCGGAACUGACGGCUGUGAAAGUUUCGAGAACUACAGAAUCAUCUACUGUUACUUAACUUCUAUUGAGAUAACAGAUAACGGUUUACAGAAUAACCCAAAGGUCUGCAGCUGCUGUGUGGAUAAACUUCUAGAGUUUGAUCGAUUUAGACAGAUUUGUUUGGAAGUUCACGAGAACCUCAUCCAUUUGAAAAAUGAGCCAACUGAUUUUUUAAAAACAGAAUUAGUAACCAUCAAGACAGAAGACUUCAUUAUCGAAUCAUUGGAUAACGAUGAUGAAUACGCUGUUAAUAGUGAAGCUGAUGAUGACGAUGAAGAGGACGAGGAAGAUGAGGACGACAAACCUCUGGCAUCGAUGGUAAGCAAUGACCAAAAAGCUGUCGAUACAGAUAACAAUAUCACACCUAAGCUAAAGAAGCCCCGAGCAAAAUAUGGUAGUCAGAAAAAUAAAAAGGUUAAAGAACCGAUUCCGUUGUACCAGUGUGAGCUUUGUCCAAAAACUUUUCGCGUUUUAUGGCGUUAUGAAGGGCACAAACGAACGCAUGCGGGUCUGAAACCGUUCGCGUGUGAUCUUUGCGAAAAAAGCUUCAACAAAUGGUUCAAUUAUAAGAUGCAUCACAAGCAAUAUCAUACAGAAGAUAAAAUUCGUUUACCCUGUGAUCAUCCAGGCUGUGAAUUGAUUUUCACAACAAAGCUGGGCCUUCAACGUCACCAACAGCGGAUGCACGACCCCAACUUUAAACCUCCGGAACCGACUCCUUUUGUUUGCGACAUCUGUGGUAAAACCUUUUCUAGCAACGGAACGCUAAAGAAGCAUAAAUACAUCCACACUCCCAAUGAGAUGCCAUUUAUGUGUGGUCAGUGUGAUAAGAAGUUUACAACCAAGUACAAACUGAAGGAGCACACAAUGCGACACCAGGGAGUCAAAAAUCACACUUGUCCGUUUUGCGGUGCAAGAAAGACAACGGGGCAUGAGUUAAAAAUGCACAUCAACCAAGUUCACGCCAAGCAGCGAAACUACUCGUGCGACCACUGUUCGACGAGCUUCGGCCAGUUAAGUAACCUAAAUCGACACGUGAAGAUUGUCCAUCUCGGCUUGAAACCGUACGCUUGCCAAAUUUGUGAACGAGCUUUUGGCAAAAAUGAUCACCUCAAGCGACAUAUGAAAAGUCACGACAUUCCCAAGUCAGGGGCACCGAAAGGUCAGAAACGUUUCCUACACCUGCUGGCAGAGGCUGCCGAAAUUCCCACGGACACUUUCUAAUCUUGAUUUGGUGCAAAUGUUCUAUACGGUAAGCAUUGCAUUGGAAUCUAUAACUUUAUUACUUGUUGUUGAAU